GUUUCAACAAACUUCUGGUGCAUCGUACAGUGUCACACUGCGCCUUGUGUUGAUUGAACUAUUAUUGUGCUUGUACUCCUUCAAGAAUCAUAGAAUUUUCUGUCAAACUCUAUGAUGCACCUGAUAUCGAUGGAUUGGGCGCCAAUGCAUGAUGCCUGAAAUUCAUGCUAUAAAGUGGUUUCCAGACAAUCCCCCAGGAAUCUACCUUCAGCUUAACAAACCAAUACUUCACGAUGCGCAGCUCCACUCCGACUCAAUUCCAGUCGACGAGGACGUCGAUGUCGAGUAGCACACACUCUAAUCCCGCCGCUUUUGGCACUUUGAUGCCAGAAACUCGUCCGGCACCGUAUCAGCAACGUCCAUCAUACCUAGCCCCACGGCCACUGGCAUCACAGUAUGAGACCUCUCAGUACACCAUGACGAAGCCAGCAUACGAAUAUGGACGCCCUCCCGCCACAAGUUCAUAUCCGCCCCCAAUGCCAGCAUUCAACAAUGAUUCAACAAUCACCACCACUACCACCACAAUUACCACCAGGCACAAGAACAGCUGGCUUGAUGAAGCUAGGGAAAGCACCGCUAACUUUAAGAAGAACGGCUCACCUGUACCACUCAUAUGGAUCUUGAUCGAAGAUAAAUCCAUCCCUCCGAACGCUGUCCCAUUUGGCGAAGACCGCAAUGGACAGACGUUCUUCAUUGCACGUGCUCAUUUGGAGGGAGGUCUCCACAUUGGAAAGGUUGGCUAUCACACCUCAGGUGCUCUGAUCAGCUACGUCGGCAAGGAGCACUUGAUUGAAAAAUACGAGGUUCUAGUAUGCGCAUCUCAGCUUCGCUGGGGCCUAGCAUCUCAGGAUGCGACGGGAAGCUUAGCUCAGGGCACCGUCGUCCUCGCUCGUCAGCAACAGGGGAGACAAGAGCUCAAGCGCACUGCAAGCAAUUUGUGGUCGCGCGAGACUCGGGAGACUCGGGAGUCCACCGUGACAUCGGUUGUUCAGACUGCCCUCCAGGUAGAUGACAUUCCUCGUUUUGCUCCCUCUCUUCUGAUACAAGAGGAAGAAUUGCGACGCGUGGCUGAGUACAAGACGGUCAUCCUGAUCGAUGAUUCCAUCUCCAUGGCCGAAGCUGAUCUCUGGAGCCAAAUGCGAGAGGCUCUAGCUGGCAUCGUCGACCUUGCCAUACAGUAUGGAUCCAAAGGGAUUGAUUUACACUUCAUGCACCAAACUCAGUUUGCCGAAAAUAUGAGGUCUCGAUCUGAAGUCCAGAAACUUUUCGACCAGCUCAGUCCCACUGGUGAGGACACACCAACGGGAGUGAGACUCGAGCAGAUCAUCGAGAUGUAUCUGCCACUCAUCGAGCACCCGAGCUCGACUCAUGAACCUAUUUCUAUCAUUGUCAUUACCGAUGGAGCUGCUACCGACGGUGAUGACUUAUUGCGAUGCAUCAUCGAGGCUGCCAGUCGCCUUGACAGGCAGCAGGUUCCUCUCGAUAAGUUCGGUAUCCAAUUCGUCCAGAUCGGCACAGAUGAAGAUGCUGCAAGGGCGCUCCAUAUGUUAGACGACGAGCUUUCUGAACGUUACAAAAUUCGGGACAUCGUCGACACCACUCCCUUCGACCAUGCUCAUGGCGCGUUCAACACGGACUACAUGGUCAAGAUCUUCAUUGGAAGUCUGCACCAAGGUACUAACAAUGGGACCCCUGAAUUGCCCUUGCCGGAGAGGAAGCCCCAAAUUAUGCCGAUGCCUGGCUAUGACAGGCAUCCAUCUCCCGCCCCCAGAUCUGCCUCUCCCCAUUUACCUGCUAGCGGCCUACGCGCCCGAGGGUUUUGAGGGGAUCGGAUAAACAUGCUACGCUUUACGAUAGAUUCAAAGUCACAAU